GCCAAACUUUCAGCUCUAGUGAAAAAGUAUGGAACUACUCUUGUGUAAAACGUGUAAAACUAUUAAUAUUUUCGUAACUGGACAAUAUAUUUCACUGUGUAUACGCAAAACCAAAACCCAGCAAGGCUACAAUUGAUAAACGAUCUUUUCGAAACGGAACGGAUGACACAUAUACGUAACAUUUCACAACAUAGAUGCAUGAUUUCAUUCCAUAUUCCAUUUGUUCAUCGAGUAAUCAUGGAUAAAUCUGCUUCAAAUUAAAGUUGGCUUUAUACAAUGCCACCCAAAACAAAACACAAGAAAAUGGCCUUUCAAAAGGAAUUCCACACGCAGACUUGUGUUUUGAAGAAUAGAUGUCGAAAUUUCACACCCUUAUGGGAACGCUGCUUGACUAUUUCCUCCUCUUUGUUCUUCGAAUGAUUGGCAACAUGAGCUCUAUCGAACACUAUCGAUGCGCCCCGUCGCGCCAGCAUCAGCCAGGAUCAUUGUGGACACCUGACAAUAUGCAGGAAUCAGAGCCAGCACCUUCGCUUGAGCAGCGAACGGGUGCGGAGAACCUACUCAUGGACUCUCUGGAGCCACAACCUUUGGCCAACAUGUUAAACUCGCUGCAACUAAUGGCUAUUAAUGUUGUCAACCACAUGCAAACGGCCUUGAAGAAACGUGUGACGUCGAAGGCGCCACCAAACGCUGCAAUGCCAGGACUCGACGCGUUUCAUCAAUGCGAACCGUCGUCUUCAUGCUACUUUUUUAUCGAUCUGCGAAACACUACAAGCCGCUUCAUGGACUCUCACGAUGAGUUUAGCAAUAACUCUAGUCAUAUAGCUAACGACAAGAACAAUAAUGCGGAUGACACGGCUGAUUCACCUGCUAAGAAGUCUAUGCAUCGGCAGCGGAGUAUUUCGGAAUGCAGCGAUAACAGUUUUGAUAUUUGCUUCGAAGACGAUGACGAGAGUAGCGUGCAGCCGCACACAGCAUGCAGCGAGGAUGAUGACGAUGAUGACUACGAAGAGUCCGACGUGUGUGAAUGCAGCAACGACAGCGCGACAACCAACAAAAAGGUGCGCUUCAACCUGAAACCCGAAGUACAUGUCAUGCUCGUCUGGAACUUUGCUUAUCGAGCAGCGCGGAGGAGCGAGUGGCAAGUUAUGGCUCGUGAUCGUUUCAGAUUUCAGCAGCGGAUACAUCGUGUUGCUCCAAUUCUAAAUCCCAUCCUGACUCCAAAUCACAGAGAACAAGUCUACAAGGCUCGAUUCCUCAAUGUAGAAUAAUUCGUUUUAUAUUUUGUAUUCAUACCUGAAUUAAUAUUUGAUGUACAUACAUAUUACAAUUUGGCACGAUUGCGAUUACAUUUAUUAAGCACACUGUUUGAGUAUAGAGUAAUCGAUGUAACCGCUGAGUUUGUGAUUGACCUUUUCCAAGCCAAAUAAUAUUCAACCUGUAAUGGCUAGCACGUCAAACGAAAUUUCAUUUUGCUUUUCCGCUAUUAGUUAGUACCUUAAGGAAAUUGGAUUUGUUGAUAGAGGGAUAAGAUAAUAUUAAACUGCUAAAUAAAAUAAGUUUUAGACGUA